UUGUGUCAUCUCCAAUUACUGUUUCCUGCUUCUCUUUUAUAUUCUUCUUGCUCAUGGCACCGACAACUCAAGAAAUCAAAAUAUCAAGAAAUGGGAGCAACAAUAAUGCAGCAGCACUCCAUGGCAAUGGCAAAGCUGGGGUUACGAAAUGCAACCCUAGCCUACUACCAAAUAGGCUCACCAUAAGAGGAGUAGUCGGGGAGUUGCUAACGCGCGCCAACCAAGAGAAGAAGUUGAUCCCCCUCGCCGUCGGCGACGCCUCCUCGUACGCUUGCUUCACCACCGGGAAGAAGGCCCUCACGGAGGCGGUUGCCGCAGUUGUGUCGUCCGCCAAGCAAGACUGCUACGCCCCAUCCUUUGGUCUUAGUAUCGCCCGCCGUGCGGUGGCGGAGCACCUGUCGACGGGGGCCCUGAUCAGCCUCCAAGAGCGCGACGUGUUCAUGACGUCCGGCGCGAAUCAGGCGCUUCAGGUGAGCAUGACGGUGCUGGCGGCCCGGGGAGGGUGCAACGUCCUGCUGCCGCGCCCGGGGUUCCCUCUGUACGAGUCUGCGUGCGACCUGCUCCGGAUCGAGCCCAGGUACUACGACCUGCAGCCGGUGAGGUCGUGGGAGGUCGACCUGGACCAGGUUCGGGCUCUGGUUGAUUGUAACACGGUUGGGCUCGUGGUCAUUAACCCAAACAAUCCGUGUGGGGCCGUUUAUUCUGCAAAUCAUCUCCAUCAGAUUGCUGAAACAGCUGGAUCCCUGAACAUUCCGAUCAUUGCCGACGAAGUUUAUGCCCACAUGGCUUUCGGUGGCAGCAAAUUUUUUCCUAUGAUAUCGUUCGCUCACUUGGCUCCGAUCCUUAACGUUGGCUCUCUCUCAAAGCGUUGGAUGGUUCCUGGCUGGCGCCUUGGAUGGGUAGCCAUUUGUGAUCCUCGUGGGUCCCUUGCACAAGUUAGAAACGCGAUUGAAAUGCUCAUGAACGUAAGCUCAGGUCCAGCUUCAGUAAUUCAGGCGGCAGUUCCUAAGAUUUUAUCAAAUGCCCAUGAAGAGUUCCACGAGAAUGUGCUUAGAACACUUGAAUCCUCAGCAGAUACUCUCUAUGAGAGAAUUAAUCAGAUAAAAGCAUUGAAAUGUCAGUCAAGGCCUCAAGGCUCCAUGUUCAUGAUGGUGGAGGUAGAUACAAGUUGUCUUCUUGGUAUCAGAAAUGAUAUGGAGUUUGCUGAGGAGUUGAUGAAAGAAGAGUCUGUUUUGGUUCUACCAGGUACUGUAAUUGGCCUGAAGAAUUGGGUCAGGCUAUUCUUCGGAGCUCCGGGUUCUCUCUUAGCAGAGGCUUGUGAUAGGAUCAAGUCAUUUUGUGACAGGAGGUAUUCAACAAAAAAUUAAUAUCUAAAAUUAGCUUAAGACUAAUAAUUCACAUAUUAUUAUAAUUCCGCCAGUGUGUUGGCUCCUGAAUAAAUGAAGAUUGUAUAUGAACCCUUUCGUUGUUAGGGCUCUGCCCCUCGCCUAAUCCUUCAUCGUAUUAUCAUGUAAUAGUCUUUAUUCAUCUCUGGUUAAUGUGAGUAUAGAAGUUU